AUGGUCGAUAGUGGUGUCCCCCAGGAUUCAGUGCUGGGACCCAUUUUUUUCCUUAUCUACGUGGACGAUGUCGCAAGAGCUUUAGAUCGCGAAGUAACAAUGUUUGCGGAGGGCAUGAAGAUAUUGAGUGUAAUUCGGGGUCCUGUUGACGAAGACAGACUGCAGAUGAACCUGAAUCAGUUGGAGCAGUGGUCAAACCGUUGGCUCCUGCGGUUCAACGUUGCCAAAUGUAGCAUACUUCGCCUAGGCAACACAGCCAGAUCCGCCAGCACCAGAGGCUACUUUCUGGGCGGUGCAGCUCUACAAGAGGUCGAAGCCCAAAAGGACCUCGGUGUGCUGACGCAUGUUCCCUAA